UGAAGUUCCUCAAGCAGCGAUAACAUCGUGUAUGCACACUGGUUUCAUGACCAGGUACAAAAUUGUUCUCAAAGUAGCAUAGCAUUUUCACAAACCCGCGUUGGGAUGCUCAAUGUACCUCCAAGAACCCAAGAGCGGUUCCUCAGCUGUUUUAAAUUUCGUCCAGCUUGCCACUCCGACAGCUUUGAUGAAGUGAAAUGUACGACCCAGGACCCGAGGUGAGUCUUUCCGUUUCGAAACCACACUUGCCGCCGACUUCAACCAAUCUUGCGCUCUUGCAGAGCUCCUCACCCUGAACAUCACACAAACCUCUACUCAACACCUCGACACCAACUACUCCGGCCAGUUGGGCUCCGGCGAUGGCGUCGGAUCUAACGAUGGAGUCGCUUGCGCAGACUGGCGACCCCGGAGUUGACGACACUGACAGCUCUGACGCUAAAGCUCCCUGUGCGUCUUCUAUCACUAUACCUUCAAGGUCUGCUUCGGAAAGAGAAGGCCUCGAAAAAUUGCCCCCGGAACUUCUCUUGCUCGUCGCCAAAUCGCUAGGGACUCAAGAUCUUCGUAACUUCCGCUUGGUGUCUCGACAGCUGGAGCCUAUCGCGGCCGGCGUACUGUUCUUUACUAUCGCCGUUACAAUCUCGUCGGACCGCAGUGCAGUGCGAGCGAUCCCACUUCUAAAUUCGAAAUUAUCGGGUAGUGCUCACGAAGUUCGAUUUAAUUUCUAUCUCCCUCCAUCAAUCCCUCUUACAGAAGUCCGAGACUUCGCCUUCAGAUUAUUCAUUCGCCAAUACAAGAUAGUCAGACAGCUCACUAAGCUUCUCUCUUGCUCUCUCGACACCGCUGUAAGGAGUGCCCUUUACAUCGUCUUUAGAGUUUCAAAAGCCCAUUAGGGUACAAUACAUCUCUUCUCUUCACAAUUUCACAUUCCCG